AUGGACGUUACUAUCGGCACCUUCGUUGGCGUGCUGGCCUUCCUCUACGCUUUGACCAAACUAUAUUCCAUAUUUCAAACUAAGCCUUCCCUACCUCCAGGGCCCCCUCGAAAGCCAAUAAUUGGUAACCUAUUCGAUCUCCCAAAACCUGGCGAAUACGAAUACAAACAUUGGGCAAAGCACCAUAAAGCCUACGGUCCCAUAAGCUCACUGUCAAUAUUGGGACAACGCAUCAUCAUUCUCAACGAUAUGCAAACUGCGAUCGACUUACUGGAGAAGCGGUCAUCCAUUUAUUCUGACCGUUUCUCGUCCAUCUUUGGAGGCAUCAUGUGUGGGUGGAGAGCAUCCAUCGCGAUGUCUCCGAACGGGCAUCGGUUUCGCGCCAUCCGGAAAACUCUUCAUCAGACUAUAGGCACCAAAAACUCCUUGCAGCAGUUUACUUCUCUGCAGACAACGGAGAUUAGGCGCUUACUGACAAAGAUACUGAAGAACCCCGAUCAACUUGAGUAUUAUAUUCGCAAAGCGACGGGAGCUAUCAUUCUCUCUAUCAGUCAUGGAUAUUCAAUCAAUAGAGAUACCCCGGAUCCCUUCGUUACCCUUGCGGAUGAGUGUAUGGCGGAGGCCUCCAUCGCCUUUCAGCCCGGAGUAUGGAUGGUCGACGUCAUUCCUUUCCUACGUUACCUGCCAGACUGGUUCCCUGGUACCGGAUUUAAGCAAGUGGCCAAGAAAUAUCUGGCCCGGUGCACCGAACUGGUCGAACGACCGCAUGCCUUUGUAAAGCAGCAAAUGGAGCGUGGCGUAUCCAAACCCUCAUACACGGAGACGAUGCUUAAACUCCACGGAAAAUCAUUGGCCUCCGAACAAGAAGAUCUCAUCAAGUGGGGCGCAGCAGCGUUGUAUGGCGCCGGAUCAGACACAACUGUGUCUGUAACGUACAGCUUUGUCCUAUUAAUGAUCUUAUACCCCCAUGUCCAGACGAAAGCCCAAGAAGAACUGGAUCGCGUCGUCGGUGAAGACAGACUGCCGUCAUACGAAGACCGCGACAAUCUCCCAUACAUCAAUGCACUCGUCCAUGAAGCACUGCGCUUUAACCCAGUCCUCCCUAUGUGUGUUCCCCAUGUUCCGUCCCAAGAUGACAUUUAUCAAGGAUACUUAAUCCCGAAAGGCGCUGUCAUCAUGCCAAAUCUCCACCAUAUGGCCAGAGAUCCGGCUACGUAUCAUAACCCAGACGCGUUUGAACCACAGAGGUUCCUCGGCUGGGACGGUCGCGACCCAGAACCAGACAUAGAUAUCGCGUUUGGCUUUGGACGACGUAUAUGCCCAGGGAAUGUUCUCGCUGACCAAACUCUCUUUCUCGCUUUCGCCAUGAUCCUAUCAGUAUUGAACAUCAAGGCAGACGAGAAUAGCGGCGUCGAGCUGAAGGACGAGUGGACAGCUGGGCUGAUCAGUCGACCAAAGCCCUUCCCGUGCAAGAUCUCACCGCGGUCCGAGAAGGCUUUGGCGCUCAUUAUGAGCUUUGAGGAGGAACCAGCGAAUAAGCAAAAGAGCGACGCUGAUGCCCUUGGAACGGUAAGUUGGUAG